AUGGUGGCUGUGAUUCGUACCCCUUUAGGCAUGCCCAACAACUGUUUGUGGAAAUGUCCUCUUGCAGGUCUGAAUCUUGGUAAAGCUACAGAAACAUGGUUGAAAACCUUAAAGAAGUGUCAUCCUUCGUCCCGGAAAGCUGAUUCCAUUGCUGUAAGUCCAGAGGUGGAAGAAGCCAAGAAACCUUUAAUUACAAAUUCUCAAAGUCAUGCCAUUAGAGCAUCCCCAUCUCAGCGACGUGACUACUAUUACAUGUCAGCAAGAUCAUUGGCUGGAAGUUCAACUCCACCAAACAGAAGUUAUUUGUGGACAACAAGAAGUAGUCCAACCUCAGCUAUGGCUAUGGCUAUUGCUGCUGAUGAAUAUCAUGAUCAUUCUUCAGAAGAUGAGUCAUCUCUUGAUAUACCUGCAAAGACUACUUCCCAGCCUAGGCCAAUACCCCGCUCUGUUGGUUAUGGAUCAUUUUUGGCAACUUCACUCAACUUUCCUUCACGCACAAAGGGUUUGAUACAAGUGUAUGCUCACAGGAAGCUUCUACAAGUGUUCUUCUCUUGGUAUAUCCACUUCUCAUUGCAAUUAUAUGGAAAAUUGAUGAUGGAUACAGAUGAUAAAAGUCCGAUGCUUUGCUGGUUUAUCUUUUACAAGGGAUAGCUCUUCCCUCAAGUGAACCACCACUCCAACAGAAGUAUGUGUGGUAUUUGAACCAAAUCAUAUAAAGAUGAACCUUCAGGCAUUGCUACUGAAUCUGCAUCCUUCAUCCUCCCAACAUCAACAACUUCACCAAGUGGAAUGGGAUCAAAUAUCUUACAAGGCAGCUUCAUUAGAGAUGAUUCGUUGUAUUUCAAGAAAUCCUGUAAAUUAACAAGAAAUACAUCUGAUUUACUAACUUGUCAAUUGCAUGUUGAAAGAAGUUUUGUAACCAAACGACCAACUAAAGCAUUAACAGGA